AUGAACAUCCAGGUUCUGCCAGAACACAAGCUCUCGUCGGUGGCCCCGCUGAAACAGUGCAAUGACGAGAAAAAAGAGGUAGAACUGAUCCUGGUGAAGGACCAGAAUGGCGUCCAGUACACCAGCUCCUCCAUCAUCCCCACCCCCGGCCACCUCUCGGGUCACCCCGGAGGCGAGGACGAGGACGAGCGAGAAACCUGGGGCAAGAAAAUAGACUUUCUGCUGUCGGUCAUUGGCUUCGCAGUGGACCUGGCCAACGUUUGGAGAUUUCCUUACUUGUGCUACAAAAAUGGAGGAGGUGCCUUUUUGAUCCCCUACAUUCUUUUCCUGGUCAUAGCGGGGAUGCCAUUGUUCUAUAUGGAACUUGCUCUGGGCCAGUAUAACAGGGAGGGGGCAGCUACGGUUUGGAAAAUAUGCCCCAUCUUCAAAGGUGUGGGCUACACUGUGAUCCUCAUCGCCCUGUACGUCGGCUUCUACUACAACGUUAUCAUCGCCUGGUCCCUGUACUACCUGUUCUCCUCCAUGACCAACGAGCUGCCGUGGCUCAGAUGUGACAACGUCUGGAACAGUCCGAACUGCACGGACCCCAAAGCUAUAAACGCAUCCCUCCUCGGCAACGGGACAUCAUACGCCAAGUACAAGAUCACCCCGGCUGCGGAGUACUAUGAACGGGGUGUGCUGCAUCUCCAUCAGAGUAGGGGUAUCCAUGACCUGGGCCUGCCUCGCUGGGAGUUGACCCUGUGUCUGGUUGUGGUGGUCUUCAUCCUCUACUUCAGCCUGUGGAAAGGUGUCAAGUCCUCAGGGAAGGUGGUCUACAUAACAGCCACUAUGCCCUACGUGGUCCUUUUUGUGUUGCUGAUCCGAGGUGUAACUCUCCCAGGGUCCAUGGACGGCAUCAGGGCCUACCUACAUGUCGACUUCAAGCGGCUCAACAAUUUGGAGGUGUGGAUCGAUGCCGCCACUCAGAUCUUCUACUCUCUUGGCGCAGGAUUCGGAGUCCUCAUUGCUUUUGCCAGUUAUAACAAAUUUGACAACAAUUGCUACAGGGAUGCUCUCUUGACCACUACUGUGAACUGCAUCACCAGUUUCUUCUCAGGGUUCGCCAUCUUCUCCGUGCUGGGAUACAUGGCUUACAAACAUGGGGUGAAAAUAGAGGAUGUGGCAACAGAGGGGGCAGGAUUGGUGUUCAUCAUCUACCCUGAGGCGAUCUCGACACUCCCUGGCUCAACAUUUUGGGCUAUUGUGUUCUUCAUCAUGUUACUGACGCUGGGCAUCGACAGCGCGAUGGGCGGCAUGGAGGCGGUCAUCACAGGCCUGUCGGACGACUUUAAGUUCCUCAAGAGAAACAGGAAAGUCUUCACCUUCGCCACAGCCUUUGGAACCUUCCUGAUGGCCCUGCUCUGCGUUACUAAUGGUGGGAUCUACGUGCUGACUUUAUUAGAUAAGUAUGCAGCAGGGACCUCCAUACUGUUUGCAGUGUUGAUUGAGGCCAUUGGAGUGUCGUGGUUUUAUGGUGUGGAUCGUUUCAGCGAAGAUAUCGAGCGUAUGAUGGGAUUUAAGCCUGGUCUUUAUUGGAGGCUCUGCUGGAAAUUUGUCAGCCCAGCUUUUCUUCUGUUUGUGGUAAUAGCCAGUGCUGUGACAUCUUCAGGCCUAAAGUAUGAUGACUACACCUUCCCUUACUGGUCCAAUGUAGUUGGCUGGGGUGUGGCCAUGUCCUCCAUGAUGUUUGUCCCCAUCUAUGCUAUUUAUAAAAUACUCAGCGUACCAGGAACGUUAAAACAGAGGAUAGCAUAUUGUAUCACUCCUGAACAUGAACAUCAUUUGGUGGCUGAGGGAAAUAUACGCCAAUUUACACUCAAGCAUUGGUUGGCCAUCUGA